UGAACAACAUCUUUAAAAUUCAAAACACCACCGAUUCUUCUAACGUGAGCUGGGUCCCGGUGAUUCUAUUCAUGGAUGUCAUCGGCCUGGAAUCAUGCCCCCAGUCGCUUAAUGGUGUCUUCCCUGAGAGCGGCGCAUCUGAGCAGCCGUUCGUUCCGCAAGGGAUGCUCAUAUAGUACCUUCUUUCGUCUUAUCUACCCAAGGACCCAGGAUUCACCCGCUAAUGCCUUUCUCAAUGCGUCAACCUCGACCGAAUAUAAUAAAGCGCUUCAGAGCAGCCAGAAUGAGGAUUCUUCAACCUCCGAGUUUUGGAGCACGCCACGGCUCCAACCCCGGCUGAAUCAACCAUCCUCUCCCUCAGUAAACCUCUCAGAUACUAGGCACCUUGAUUCCUUACCCGAUCAAGCAGACAAUCAUACACAACAGCCGGCUUUACCUGAUCUUGCUCAAGAGCUACUGGAUAAGAGUCGGCAACCUCAACUUCCGCAGUCCAAUACUUCCUCCCCAGUUUCUAGAACAGGCAAGCCCAAGAGAUCGUCGUAUUAUGAGCCGAGCCCUUCCGAAUUCUUGAUCGAUACCCUCCAAAAUCUUGUCCUAUCUUCGAAUGAUCCGGAUGCCCGCAACUGGACUUGCUCAGGGCAGAGUUUCAAAGAACCGAUCAUGGAUCCCCUAUCUAUGAAACAGCGGUUCAAGUUUAAAAGGUCGCAUAGAGUAUCUUUGCAAGAGAUAAUCGCGGAUUACAUACAAUAUGUGGACCCUGUGCUUCAGAAAUGGGGGGAAACCGCCAUAUUCAAACGCCCUCGUGCAGCAUCAGAGCUUGAAUAUGCGUUGCAAAGUAUGCUUCGUGACGAUUAUAUCAAAUACUUGUCCUCGCGACAGUAUGAGCUCACUGAUGUGAUGGCGUGGGCAUGGGUCCUCAAAAGCCAUACUGCGUACGAGGCGAUUCUUCGGGUUUUCCUUCUCGAGGCCAAAAACCCCAAACCUCAGAGAGUUCCCCCCUUUAUAACACUUAUGCUUCUACGGCAGAAGUUGGAUUUGAAAACUUUUCGUUUACUCCUAAUUUAUUCUUUGCACCUUAUUAGUGGGCAACCGGUUUCGAAGCUAGGUGCUUCUCUUGAUGGAGUAGUGGAUGAUAUGACGUUGAAUAAUCCAAAAGAGACUUGCAAUCAGGAAAAGGCGAAGAUCUCGGUUAAUCCUAAUAUGUGUGCAACCUAUAUUGUCCGCCUACUACACCAUUCUCGACAGCUAUGGCCAGAAGCUCAACUGUCCAUUGCUAAAGCAUUCGCUUUUUAUUUGAAUACGCUUGAAGCCCAGAGGAGCAGUUCGACAACAGACCGGGUUGAUCAACUUAUGGCUCAAAAGUGUAACACGUGUCUCAAAUUACUCUCUUUACCCUGCAAAACAACACCAUUUUUGUCUGUCUCCAUUCAGCAGCAAGCACAAUUUGAGCUGCUAAAGGCUAUGGCACAGCACCAUCCUGUACUGCCCGUUACAAGACGAGGAUACCAGGGUCUGAUCGCAAUCCAAAUAGCUCAUAAAAAGACGGUGGAGGAGCGACAAUCCGCCGAAUUAAAAGCUUCCUCAUGGCCACCAUGGAAGGAGGACAAGCUUGGCAUCGACUCCCAGAGAGGUGUGGAUGGCAUGAAAAGCCGCGCCAUGCGCGUUAUGUCCCAGAUGAGGGAAGCAGGAUAUCCACAUUCUCGCUGGGAAGAGGUCUCGGGGAUUCUAGCUGGCUGGGAUACAGAUCAUAGCCCAACAAUUCAAACUAGGACUUUGGUGCGUCGCCCAGAAACUUUGCGCGGGACUUCAGGAGAUGCAAAUCAUCAUGCAAUCUGGGAAGCUCGUCUUCGCUCUACGAGGACAGUACGGGAGGCCUGGGCGUGUUUUUCGGCCUACGAAGCCCAUGGAACUCCCCCUCGUAGCACUAUUUACGCUGCAAUGGCCGAAAAACUUAUUUUCCGACAGAAGGCAAUAAAAGCUCAAGCGGAUCAUACCAGUCUUGCGCUGGCAGGUGAUGGCCUUGAGGUUUCUCCUGAACCUGCUUCCGCGCGUGAUUGGAUUUAUACUCCCACAGAGCCACCCACGCUCGAUGGGCUUGUGAAGAAAAUGCUUUCGCAAGGGCUUAAGCCAGGAGGUAGGUUUCUGGCAUUGCUUUUGGAGAAUGCGCCAAGCCUCCGCGUUGGUCUGGACUACCUUAAUUGCAGCAACCUAGCCACGGAACAGGUCAGAGCCUUAUGCAGUGUUUUUAGCACAUCAGAUUCUGAUGUGGAACAUCAGAAUGCUCUUGACGACGUGCCAGAUUAUCUUUUUUCGGCUUUCAUCCAUUUCUUAUGCAAGUUUGCUGUUGUUCGGCAGGCGUCCAUGUCACAGAGUGGCGUUAAUACUGCGGAUCUCUUCCCUAUAAUUACGGGCACUUGGUCACGGAUUCAGCCAAGUACUACCGUGUCAUCUCUAUACAUUGGAAAAUCAUUAACAUGGAGGAAGCCUCGGGAUCCAAGAUUCCUAUCAUAUGCUAUUCAAUUGCUGCAAAAGCGAAAUCCUCAAGAACCACACGGAUGGAUUCAGUUAUUAUCGGCUCUGCGCCGUAGGCGUGUCCUCGGUUCCUCUCCUGAGGCUAUUGAUAGAAAUAUCCAGGUGAUUCUUGCUUGGCAUGAAAUCUUGGAAACAAUGAAGUGGCUGAAAGAAGGCAAUAUUGAAGUGGGGUUUGAAGGUUUCCACAUUUAUUGCAGUAGCUUUUCAGGCGCAGUAACUGCAGGAGUGAAGAAUCCAAAUGCUGUGGAGGAGGGGUUGAACAUUGUGGAUAAAGCCGUGCACGAAAAGCUACUUCACUUCGAUUUUGCUUCGCCCGAAUUUGAGGGUAUGGUACAAACUGGUUUAAGUGUUCUGAAGAACCAGUUUGAUCGGCUUGUCCUCCUGGAUCCAAAGACGGAUUCUUUAUUUGAGCCCAUCAAAACUUCGCUCGAAGAUGGGACGGAUUCCCAAGUUAUAUUGCCAACUUUGGCGCGUGUCCCCUCUCCUGCAGUCCUCCAUGCGUUCGUCAGAUCUCUUGGGUUAGCCGAGGACUCCGAUGGUUUGUUGAGUCUUCUUCGAUGGAUGAGCCAGCACGCAUUGAUUCUUAAGGAAGCUUCUGAUGAAUAUCUAAAUGGCAGUCGAAUGAUGCGACGCACCGUUGUUGCCACCCGCCUCUUUCUUGAGGGGUACUGGGGGAAAGAGUACCAAGAACCAUCAGGGUAUGAACACGGAUUUCCAUCUCAGGUUACCCUGGAUGACUCCAAUCCGACAUUCUCAGAUCCAGCCCUGCAAGAAGCAUAUGCCAUCGUCACAUCGACCGAAGUCUGGGGUCCAUGGCCUAGCGAUGAAGAAGUCUGGGAGUAUGUAACUCAUGGGUCACAGUAGCCUGCUGUGCGGCAUUCCUUUUUUUUUUUUUUUUUUUUCCCCUCUUCAACUGUGUAUAUAUAUAUAUAUGAAGAUAAAU